AUGGCGCCCAAGGGCAAAGGCAAAACCGGCGGCAAGGACUCCGGCGACAAGGCCGACAAAGGCUCCGGAAAGCUCAAGCCCGCCACCAGCAUCAACGUCCGCCACAUCCUCUGCGAAAAGCACUCCAAGAAGGAGGAGGCGCUCGCCAAGCUGCGCGAUGGUGCCAAGUUCGACGAAGUCGCCCGCGAGUUCUCCGAAGACAAGGCGAGGCAAGGCGGCUCCCUCGGCUGGAAGACGCGAGGAAGCCUCAUGGCCGAUUUCGAGAAGGUCGCUUACGAGCUCGAGCCCAGCACUACGGGCAAUCCCAAGUACGGCGAGGUCAAGACCAGCGAGGGAUACCACAUCCUGAUGGUCGAGGGUCGGAAGUAG